CCGCCCCCGACACUCCUUGGGGUAGCCCUCCUCCGCUCAGGCUCAGCAGGGCUACUGCUUGGAGAGAUAGCCCACCCCCACCUGGCAGACAGAGGCCUGGCCUUCCCUGGGGAAGGGCUCCCUGAGACCAGCCAGGGCUGGGGGCUUGGAGCAGACAUGUUCCUUUUCUCCCCUCAGCUCGGCCCCCUCCCCCCCAGCGGGGCUAGUGGAGAAGGGAAUGGCCACCAGGCUCCAGACAGCCCCGGAGCCCGUGACCUUCAGGGACGUGGCUGUGGACUUCACCCCCGAAGAGUGGGGCCAGCUGGGCCCAGCCCAGAGGCAGCUGUACCAGGACGUGAUGAUGGAGACCUACCAGAACCUGGUCUACUUGGACUGGGCAGCUGGGCCUGAUACCAGGUUGCCCUAUCCAGAAGAGGACAUUUCUGAAGAGCCCUUGUCACAAGGAGUGAUAAUGCAAAGAACCUCAAUGGAUGAUUUCUGGGGCUGCAGGUGGGGGCAGGCAACUGUUGGUGCACACUCCAAACAUGACCCUCUUGGGAGGAAGGUGCAUGCAAGCAUGUCAUCAUGCCUUAUCAAGCCACUGAGAAUUCUGCCAGGAGAAAUACCCCAGCGAGGUGAUACAGGACAAGAAAGAGACAAAGAACAUUCCAAUCUAAGUAAACAUCAGACGCUUCAGGCAGAGCCAAUAGCUCAUUGGUCCAACAACUGUGGGAAAGCCUUUGGGUGUUCCUCAAGCUUGACUCAGUGCAGUAAAACACUGACCAUGGAGAAACCUUCUAAGUCUGUAGAACAUGGGCAAGUCUUUAGUCGAAUAUCAUCCCUGAAUCAGCACCAGAGAAUUUACACCAGAGAGAAAUCAUAUGCCUGUAAAGAAUGUGGAAGAGCUUUCAUCCAUGCCUCCUCUCUCAUUGAACAUGAGAGGAUUCACACUGGAGAAAGACCCUAUAAGUGUCACGAAUGCGGGAAGGCCUUUAUCCAGGGCUCAUCCUUUGCUCUACAUCAGAGGACUCACACAGAAGAGAAACCCUAUGAAUGCAAUGAAUGUGGGAAAGCCUUCACACAGAUUACACACUUUACCCGACAUCAGAGACUUCAUGCUGGAAAGAAGCCUUAUCUUUGUGAUAAAUGUGGGAAAACAUUCAACCAACGUACAUAUCUUACCCAGCACCAGAGAAUCCACACUGGAGAGAAACCCUAUAAAUGCAGUGAAUGUGGGAAAGCCUUUAUGUCCACCAAGUCUCUAAUUGAACAUCGAAAAAUUCACACAGGAGAAAACCCCUUUAAAUGCAGUGAAUGUGGGAAAGCUUUUAACAGACGUACAAAACUGACCCAACAUCAGAGAGUUCAUACUGGAGAGAAACCAUAUGAAUGUAGCGAGUGUGGGAAGGCCUUCAGUAAAAGCUCUAACCUAACUCAGCAUCAGAGAGUUCAUACUGGAGAGAAGCCCUAUCAGUGUACUGAAUGUGGAAAAGCUUUCAGCCAAGGUGCACAUCUUACUCAACACCAAAGAAUUCAUACAGGGGAGAAGCCUUUUGAAUGUGAAGAAUGUGGAAAAGCAUUUACAGAAAGAUCAUCCCUCACUCAGCACAAAAGAAUUCACACUGGAGAGAGGCCAUUUGAAUGUGAAGAAUGCAGGAAAACCUUUAACCGCAGCUCAUCUCUAACUCAACACCAGAGAAUUCAUACUGGAAUGAAACCUUAUUUAUGUGUUGAUUGUGGGAAAACCUUCAGAGUGAGUUCAUUCCUUAAUGAACAUAGGAGAAUUCAUACAGGUGAGAAACCCUAUGAUUGUGAUGAAUGUGGAAAGGCCUUUAGGGUGAGCUCAGCUCUUAUUGAACACAAGAGAAUUCACACUGGAGAAAAACCCUUUCAGUGUGAUGAAUGUGGGAAGGCCUUUAACCGGAGCACAAAUCUCACUCAACAUCAGAGAAUUCAUAGUGGUGAGAAACCCUUUCAGUGUGAUGAAUGUGGAAAGGCUUUCAGGCUAUUCACUUCCUUUACUGAACAUCAGAGAAUCCAUACUGGAGAGAAGCCCUUUGAAUGUCAUGUUUGUGGGAGAUCCUUUAACUGUAGCACACACCUUAAUCGGCAUGAGAGAAUUCACACUGGAAAGAAACCCUAUCAGUGUGAUGAGUGUGGCAGAGCUUUUAUCCAGACCAGACACCUUGCUCAGCACCAGAGAAUUCAUAUGCAGGAGGCGACCUGAUAUGUCCCCCUUGAAGGGCCACUGGAGGAAGUUUUGCUCAUCAGAAUUUGUAGCAGCCUAUCAUAUUUCAGAACUUGUUCUCAGUGUUCAGGUCUUGAUGGAAAGGAAAGGGUAUUUUCUGGUGGUACCUUAACUGCUGGAAGAUUUGGUUCUCAACUUUGGACCUCAAGGGGAUGACUGCCUUCUCGAUGGUGGAGAAGAGAGGAAUACCAAAUCUUCCAAAGACAACCCUCUCCCUCCAGAAUCCUAGGAGAGGUGGAAGGGUUGGACAGAUGUUGAUAGGUCACUGAUCCCUCAACCUGUUGAAGGCCAAACCCUGUGUCUCAGGCUGCUGAGGCAUCCCCACCCAGAUACUCCCAGGUAUGAACAGGCCUGGCAGCAAGUAUGUGACAGAAUCUUCCUGCAGAUGACAAGCAGGAGUGUCCUUGUUGAUGUCACCUCUGUCUUACAGGUCUUCCCAUCAAACCAUUCAUGGUCCUCUCUCCCAGGACUCCUUCCUCUUUUACUCCUGUCCCUCCCCCCCGCCCUGGCCCCCAUCUUACACUUAGCGUCUCAGGAGAGGAGUGGAUGUCAAGAGAAAAGAAGGAUGGGAAUCAGGAGACUCCAAACUCUAUAAAUAGUCUGGGGAGUCAGAAGAAGGAGAAGAAAGGAUGCAACAGGGAUCAGCUAAGCAGGGCAGAAUGAGCCCCCUCAUUUUCAUUAGUGGGAGGGAACUUUUCCUUCCUUCCUGACGUCAUGAAAGGAAUACCCAGGUGGGAGUUGGCACUAGGAUCGCUAUCUCAUUUUACAGAUAGGGAAAGUGAGGGCCAAGAGGCAGACCUGGAGAACUGGCUCCCAUCCACUUUAAACUAGCCCUGAGUGGUGCUUCUGGCAUUGGGCUAGAGCAGAGAGCUUCCCGAAUGCCCCCAAAGCAAGGUGGGCAAUGAAGGGGUCAGGCCCUUUCGGCUGCACUCCCCCUCAGUGGAGCCUCCCAGCCUUGCCAUAGAGGUGUCUGUUAGUUCCACUUUACAGAUUAGGGAAUGAUGAAUGUGUCUGAGGCAAGAUUCAAGCCCAGGUACACCCUCCCAAGCCUCCCACGGUGAUGGUACAGACUGCCCCAUAAGGGCUGCAGUCCCCAGGGUCUGGGAUCGAGGAGCUCCCUCCCCCCUCCCCCAGGACUUGGGGAAGGUGCCUGUGGAGCAGCUCCCAUUCGGGAGGGGCCUCAGAGGUGGGCAGAAGGAAGCAGGCAGCCCCCAGCAGCCCGCUGGCCGCUUGGCUAUUGCCAAGUGCUGGCAGUGCCAGGAUGCUGCUUGGGGCAGCCCGAGCCAGUCUGACCACCGUCUUCUCAGGGCCAAGUAGGGACAGAGUCACUUGGACUGAGGAGAUCCACUGUGGGCAACUGGGGGAUCCACCUGUCCCUGUAGGGAGCUCUGCAGGCCCUUCCCUUCUCUGGGACUCAGGGUUAGACUCAAUCUCCUUCAGGAUCCCCUCACGAAAUCAGUCAUGUGAUCGAUCACCGACAUUUUUCAGGCACCUACUAUGUGCCAGCCACUGCCUGAUUCACAAGGAAUACAGUGACCAAAGGAAGCAGUCCCUUUCCCCAUGGAACAUCCAUACAACAUGAUCCCCAGUUAUAGCCUAGAAAGCCAACCAUUAAUACCCAAUCCUUGGGUUCCAAGCUCUUAGGAAGAUUUCACUUCCCUGCUCAGUCAGCACCCACACAAAUAAAUUGCUUUCUGGCUCCUGGCACUUGUCUCCUCUCUGUCUCUCUUCUUUCUCUCUUUCCCCUU